AUGGCCAGAGCUGGUGGGAACUGUGGGGUUUGGGGGAGCUUGGUGCUAUUGGGUUUGUGUGGUUGUUCUGUGGUCCGGACGGCUGGCACCAGGGUCACAGUGGAUAGACUUGCUCCUGCCUCAUCCUAUGAAUUUUCCGUGUGGGCAGAGAAAGAUGGAGUCAGCGGCUCCCCACAGACGCUCAUAGCCACCACAGCUCCAAACCCAGUGAGAAACCUGAGGGUCGAAGGUCAGAACACGACCUCCAUCAGCCUGAGCUGGGACCCUCCUGAGAACUCCUCCUCGCAGGACCUCACCUACUGGGCGCAGUGCAUCAGAUAUGAUGGUCAAAAUGAGACCCGGCAUACAAAAGACACCAGAGUCUCUGUGGAUGGACUUGAUCCUGGGACUUCAUAUGAAUGCUCUGUGAGAGUGGAGAAGGAUGGCGUCUACAGCACUUGGGAGACAAAAAAUACCACAACAGCUCCAAACCCAGUGAGAAACCUGAGGGUCGAAGGUCAGAACACGACCUCCAUCAGCCUGAGCUGGGACCCUCCUGAGAACUCCUCCUCGCAGGACCUCACCUACUGGGCGCAGUGCAUCAGAUAUGAUGGUCAAAAUGAGACCCGGCAUACAAAAGACACCAGAGUCACUGUGGAUGGACUUGAUCCUGGGACUUCAUAUGAAUGCUCUGUGAGAGUGGAGAAGGAUGGCGUCUACAGCACUUGGGAGACAAAAAAUACCACAACAGCUUCAAACCCAGUGAGAAACCUGACGGUCGAAGGUCAGAACACGACCGCCAUCAGCCUGAGCUGGGACCCUCCUGAGAACUCCUCCUCGCAGGACCUCACCUACUGGGCGCAGUGCAUCGGAUAUGAUGGCAAAAAUGAGACCCGGCAUACAAAAGACACCAGAGUCACUGUGGAUGGACUUGAUCCUGGGACUUCAUAUGAAUGCUCUGUGAGAGUGGAGAAGGAUGGCGUCUACAGCACUUGGGAGACAAAAAAUACCACAACAGCUCCAAACCCAGUGAGAAACCUGAGGGUCGAAGGUCAGAACACCACCGCCAUCAGCCUGAGCUGGGACCCUCCUGAGAACUCCUCCUCGCAGGACCUCACCUACUGGGCGCAGUGCAUCGGAUAUGAUGGCAAAAAUGAGACCCGGCAUACAAAAGACACCAGAGUCACGGUGGAUGGACUUGAUCCUGGGACUUCAUAUGAAUGCUCUGUGAGAGUGGAGAAGGAUGGAGUCUACAGCACUUGGGAGACAAAAAAUACCACAACAGUCCCCAUUUCAGCUCCAAACCCAGUGAGAAACCUGAGGGUCGAAGGUCAGAACACGACCUCCAUCAGCCUGAGCUGGGACCCUCCUGAGAACUCCUCCUCGCAGGACCUCACCUACUGGGCGCAGUGCAUCAGAUAUGAUGGUCAAAAUGAGACCCGGCAUACAAAAGACACCAGAGUCUCUGUGGAUGGACUUGAUCCUGGGACUUCAUAUGAAUGCUCUGUGAGAGUGGAGAAGGAUGGCGUCUACAGCACUUGGGAGACAAAAAAUACCACAACAGUACCAGCUGCUGUCAACAUCACAUCCUGCAUCAGCACUUCUGGGGGUUAUGGGAUCAUCCUGACCUGGUCCUGCCCAUCUGGGAGUUAUGAGACCUUUGAGGUGGAAGUGGGCAGGAAGUGGAGCUCCCAAAAUGGAUCUUUGUGUGGGAAGGGCAUGACCGUGUUAGAUCUUGAGCCAGCUCAGUCCUAUACAGCUACCGUCACGACUGUCUCUAAUAGCCUGAAGGUCCAGUCUGCCCCUGCAACCUGCCGCACAGAGAGUACAGCCGUCAUUGCUGGAGCCAUUGUAGGCAUCCUCCUGCUUUUCAUCCUGGUGGGCCUGCUCAUUGUCUUCCUGAAGAGGAGGAGAAAGAAGCAGCAGCCAAAGGAAGUGCCCAAGGAUCUGGUGUUCCGCUUCCCAGGGGAUAUCCUGGCCAAAGACUUUGCUGACCAUGUCAGGGAGAAUGAAAAGGACAGCAACUGUGGAUUUGCUGAGGAGUACCAGCAAUUGGCUCUGGAGGGCCAAGGCCAGUCUCAGAUGACAGCAUUGGCUCUAGAGAAUGUAUCCAAGAACCGCUACAGGAAUGUGCUGCCCUAUGACUGGUCCCGGGUUCCCCUGCAGCCCCUCCAUGAGGAACCAGGCUCAGACUACAUCAACGCCAGUUUUAUGCCUGGUCUCUGGAGCCCCAAGGAGUUCAUUGCAACCCAGGGUCCCCUGCCUCACACUGUGAGUGACUUCUGGCGAAUGGUGUGGGAACAGCAGAGCCACACCCUGGUCAUGCUGGCCAACUGCAUGGAGUCUGGACAGGUGAAGUGUGAGCAUUACUGGCCCCUGGAUGCUCAGCCCUGCACUCAUGGCCAGCUGCAGGUGACGCUGGUUAGUGAGGAGGUGACAGAGAACUGGACAGUGAGGCAUCUUCAGCUCUUCCAUAUGAAAGAACAGCAGACUCUCUCUGUGCGCCAAUUCCACUACGUGGCCUGGCCAGAUCACGGAGUUCCUUACUCCCCAGACCCCUUGCUGGCUUUCCAAAAGUUGCUUCGGCAAUGGUUGGAUCAGACCAUGGAUGGAGGUCCGCCCAUUGUGCAUUGCAGUGCUGGUGUGGGCCGGACGGGCACCCUCAUUGCACUGGAUGUCCUGCUGCGGCAGCUGGAGUGUGAGGGGCUGGUGGAUCCCUUCAGCUUUGUGAAGAAGAUGAGAGAGAGCCGGCCAUUGAUGGUGCAGACAGAGGCCCAGUAUGUGUUUCUACAUCAGUGCAUCUUGAGAUCCCUCCAGAAGCCAGAUCCAGCCCUCCCUGCAAAGGAGGCAACCUAUGAGAACGUGGCAAGCUUAGUUUAUGAGAAUGCAUCCGCCAUCAGGGCCCAUGAGUCUGAGGUCUCAGCUUCUGGGUGCUGAACCUAGACAAAGCAAUACUCAGGCCUGGUCUGGGCCUGUGCUGGAGCCCAGAUACCUGGACCUCCAAGUGAACUGAGGAUUGGAGUCCUAGCCUCCUCAACCCUUGGGAGGAAGCACUGAAAACCCAUCUCUGUUGUCCAAGGGCAGGAAGGACUGAUGUACUUCAACUUGUGAGCCCUGCCUGAGAGCUGGAACCUGAGAACAGGGGUGACGGUAGGUUUCCUGUUCUUUGAGUGGAAACAGCUACAGCCUGGGUAGGCAGGCUCUCAAAGAAACAGGCUGGAACCUGGAUUCAAAAGAAGGAAUCAGGGUCUUGAAUUCUACUACCUGAAGAGCAAAGGCAGGCGGGUACCUGCCCCUUUUUACUUCAGAAACCAAAUCAGUCUCCUUUAAUCCAAGGCUGAAGGGAGUCCCUUUGCUUGUGGUCUCCUUGUGCCCCAUGUCUGUACAUUUUUUCCUUCUGUAUAAUUUAUUAAACUCUUCUCCCCGAA